AUGGACAGCCACAAGCUGUCUCUAAAGCCCUUCUACAUUGCUUGGGCUGAUACUUCAAAUGAUAGCCUGCACCAAGGGGCUGCAGGGGGAGGUGGGCAGGUACAGCCAUGCCUGGCUGAGAGAGAGGAGGGUGCUGCAGGCUCCCCAGAGCAGGGCAUUCCCCACCCACUUCGGUGGGCUCUCCUGCCCCGCCUGCCCAGGCUGCUACAUGUUGGGGCAACAGACACCGUGCCCUAUAUAAAAGCCCUGAGGAGCUGGCCCAGUUGUGCCAGGGUAGUUAACCAUGCCAUGGAGGCUGAGGAGGCCACAGCAGUGGCAGCGAAGGCGGCAGUGCGGACACCCAAGUGCUCCCGCUGCCGGAACCAUGGCUUCGUGGUGCCAGUGAAGGGCCAUGCCGGCCAGUGCCGCUGGAAGCUCUGCCGGUGCGACAAAUGCGCUCUCAUUACUGAGCGCCAGAAGAUCAUGGCUGCCCAGAAGGCCCUGAGGCAGCAGAUGCCCGACUUCCCGGCUGGGGCAGCUGCAGGGCCCGCUCCCCGAGGCGAAGGCCCUGGGGUGGCCACUGCCUCCAGGCAGACCGUCCGUGAAGCAGUGAAGGAUACCCAGCCUACCGGCAGCAAAGGCAUGACGUGCAGGGGGCUGCCGCCACCUCCCAGCAGCCCUCCUUUCUGGGACUACGCUCACACUGCUGUUCCUCCAGAAUACCUGGUCAACCCAGAAUGCCGAGAGAAAGAACCUCCAAAAGUGUACCCUGGGCAUGCUGGGGUAUAUCCUUACCACCCAUUUCCCAUGGGAUUUGCCAUCAAUGAGUCAAGCGGUAGAGGAGCACCAUCACCUCCAGGGAUAUCACUUCAGAGAGCUUUCCGACACAUUCCUAGCAACUACGGGCCAGGGAAUGCAGCUUCUGUGUCGAUUCCAGAUGGAGGUGGAAACUUCCAUCAAGGAUACUACACUCCUCUGCCUCAGUUCAUCCCACCAAGUUUUCUGCCAGGGAUUCAUUACAUUCCACCUCCCCUUCCACUGAACACGUCAGCUGAAAUCACCAAGGAAGCACAUGCUACUGAAGCUGACAGUCAGGAUUCAGGGGUGGUUUGUGAACCUAGCCAACCAUCAUCUUCCCCAGAAGAAACAAGCAGAGACCAGCCUGUAUAUUCUGAACAGUAA